AUGUUACAAUACCUUUUGGUUUGCAUCGUUCUACUCAACAGACGCAGCACCGACGGAUGCCUGUGCGCCACAAAGGUUAUAGUGCGUGUGCCCCAGGAGAAGGACAUUGGUUUGAUUUUCGAUCUGACCGUCACCAACCGCAUCAGGGGCGGCAAGAGGGAAACACUGGAUUUCACAGUCGUCUCCAACGGGGAAUGCACUGUGAACACGACCAGCGGUGAGCAGGUGCAUUCAAUGGGUCGAAUCUUUGGCGGCGACUUCGGAUCCGUCGAACCUGGGAGGAGUGAAACUGUUUCCCUGGUGUGGCCCACGGUGUCUCUGUACAACCGGGUGGGCAGUUGCCCCAUUCUGAUCUCCGCGACGUGUGCCCACGACCAGGAUGCGGUGGCAACCGCCAAGCAAGUGCUGCACUUUGACACCCGCUUCGAGACCCUUGAUCCGCAGAGCAACAAACUGCGCAGGCGAAAGGGCUUCAAGGACUGUCACAACUGGGACAAGGAUUACCUCCGCAACUGCACACCGCUGAACUGCGAGGAGCGAUACUUCGGCCAGCGCAGCUUCUUCAACGUCGAAACGGAACAGUGCGAACGGGCAUCGGAUUGCUCGCGACCUGGGGAAUAUUACGACAUAUUCAGCAACGAGGCCAUUGAGACCGGAAAUUUUGUGUCGGAGGAUGAACUCGAACUGAUCAAACAAGGCAAGUUCGAUUCAAACUAUUUGGAGCUUCGAGGACCUUCACCGCAGCACGAACCGAGUGAGGAUCCCGCGUAUCCUCUGAGCAAACAGAGCAGAAAACAGGCUGUAAGACCUCACUUAUACAAUCCCAUAAUGUCGCAGGAUUGUGAUAAGUCCCGCAAACUUACACUGGCUGAUUUCAAUGAUUGCUUUCAGCACUUGAAGGAUGUUCAGUCCCUUGAAGACUCUGUAAACGUGAAGAAACUUGUGAAAAAGUCACCUUUCGAGAUUCCGCUCCUGACACAGCUCUAUUACGACUGGUAUCUGCCCAUGAGGGCCGACAACUGGGGUGAAGCAAGUGAAUUUGGCGCACCAGGUGAACCAAGUCCCCAAACAGCCCCAUCAGGAUCGCCGCCCCUCAUAGACUGGAUAAGUAGACUCGACGGCAGCGGUUGGAUAUUGCUGAUCCUUAAAGGCACCGCCAUUAUCUUACUGCUCAUUAUGUUUCAGAUUUUUGCCACUCUGAUGACCUAUUUCUUGGUUUGCCUUGCGGUCUACGGCUUUAUGGAAAUUUAUACUUUUUGGACUUCCGACUCCGAGGCAGCCGACACUUUGAUGGGGGACUCCAAUUCUCAAACCAGCAACUUUGUUCUUGUCACCUCAGAGAGUCUUAUGUCCCAACGUUAACUGAGUUUAAUGAGUUUUGAAUGUGCAUUCAGUCGAAGUUGAAAUAUAAAUCGCUGCUGUCAUUA